GGAAUUCAAUAAGACCCAGCUCAGCUCAGAGAGAGUAAAGGGUGGUGGCAGUGGACUCUUUCAUUCUCUCUCUCUCUCUCUCUCUCUCUCACUCUCACUCUAUUCCUCUCUCUCUCACUCGGAAGGUCCGCCUCCUGCUCGGUUUGUCUGCGGGAGUUUGUUUUGUUUUUCCGGCUGGAAAAUCAGAUUUCCUUGCUGUUUCUGUUCGGAACCGGGUCGGGAGUUUUCCCCGGUAAGGAGCGGCGGGUCUGGACCGGGUUGAUUUGCUGUUGUAUUAUCUUUAUUUUGCUGGUUUUGUUUCGGUCUGGUUUAAUGGAAGCGCCUCCGAGCUUCCAGCCCCCGGCCGGGCUCCAGCGGACGCUCCGCCAGUUCCACCUGAGCUCCAUGCGCUCUCUAGGCGGACCGGCCGCUUUCUCCGCCCGCUGGCAGCGCGAGGCUCCCUUUGGUAAAGCCAGGGGGGACGAGGGGCUUCCGCCGGGCCCCGCGCGCUCUCCGCCGCCGCCUCCGCUGCCCGGGCCUCUGCUGGUGCCCCCGGACCGCUCCACUGCUCGCUGCGAGACGGUGCUGGAGCGGGAGACCAUCUCGUGCUUUGUGGUCGGCGGGGAGAAGCGGCUGUGUCUCCCGCAGAUCCUGAACACGGUGCUGCGGGAUUUCUCCCUGCAACAAAUUAACGCAGUCUGCGACGAGCUGCACGUGUACUGCUCGCGCUGCACCGCCGAGCAGCUGGAGGUCCUGAAGGUGGUGGGAGUGCUGCCGUUCUCCGCGCCCUCCUGCGGGCUGAUCACGCAGACGGACGCGGAGAGGCUCUGUAACGCGCUGGUUCACGGGGGAGCGCUGCCGUCCCGCGGAGGCCCCGCCGCCCUAGAGCUCGCGACCACCGACAAGAGCGUGCCGGUUUACCACGAGUGCUUUGGCCGCUGCGACGGCGUGUUCGUGCCGGAGCUGUACUCGGGGCCCGGGGCCGCGUGCGUGCAGUGCGCGGACUGCGGGCUGAUGUUUCCCGCGCGCCGCUUCGUGGUGCACAGCCACCGGCGCCGAGAGAACCGCACGUGCCACUGGGGAUUCGACUCGGCCAACUGGCGCGCGUACAUCCUCUUGGACCGGGAUCGCGCGCCGCCCACGGAGCACACCGAGCUGCAGCGGAGACUGGACCGGCUAAAGGAGAAAUUCCAGCCCACGAAGCCCACGCCAAUCACAUGCACACUGGGUAUUCAACUGGACAGAUGGCCUUCUGAUAAAAGACCCAGAAAAACGGCAUAUAAUCCCAUACCAUCCAAAAAAUCUAAACAGGAGCAUUUACAUUCCCCUUCUGAAGACAAAGAAAGGCAAGCUGAUUGGCUGCAGUACCUAACCGUGUCUGCAAACAAGGAUGUCAAGCAGCUCCAGUUUAAGCAGCGACCAUCUGCUUUCCGCCCGUGGAGUCCCAGAGUUCCAUCCUGCGCGAGAGCAGCACCCAGUCACAAACACGAGCGAUCGAUCUCUAAAGGAUCUGAGAGUGUAACUCCUGGCCUUAAGAAGGGUGAUCCCCCCCUGGUCUUCCCCUCCAGACCUGUCAAACAUGAGCCAUCUGGAGAGAACCCGACCACAGCACACGUCCAUCAUCCAGAGAACCUGACCACAACACAGAUCCAUCAUCCAGAGAACCCGACCACAACACAGAUCCUUCAUCCAGAGAACCCGACAUCAACACAGAUCCAUCAUCCAGAGAACCUGACCACAACACAGAUCCUUCAUCCAGAGAACCCGACUUCAACACAGAUCCAUCAUCCAGAGAACCCGACCACAACACGGGUCCAUCAUCCAGAGAACCCGACAUCAACACAGAUCCAUCAUCCAGAGAACCUGACCACAACACAGAUCCUUCAUCCAGAGAACCCGACAUCAACACAGAUCCAUCAUCCAGAGAACCUGACCACAACACAGAUCCUUCAUCCAGAGAACCCGACUUCAACACAGAUCCAUCAUCCAGAGAACCCGACCACAACACGGGUCCAUCAUCCAGAGAACCCGACCACAACACGGGUCCAUCAUCCAGAGAACCCGACCACAACACACAUUCAUCAUCCAGAUAACCAGACCACAACAAGAGUCCAUCAUCCAGAGAACCCGACCACAACACACAUUCAUCAUCCAGAGAACCAGACCACAACACACAUUCAUCAUCCAGAGAACCAGACCACAACACAGGUCCAUCAUUCAGAGAACUCGCCCACAACAAGAGUCCAUCAUCCAGAGAACCAGACCACAACACACAUUCAUCAUCCAGAGAACCAGACCACAACACACAUUCAUCAUCCAGAGAACCAGACCACAACACACAUUCAUCAUCCAGAGAACCAGACCACAACACAGGUCCAUCAUUCAGAGAACUCGCCCACAACAAGAGUCCAUCAUCCAGAGAACCAGACCACAACACACAUUCAUCAUCCAGAGAACCAGACCACAACACACAUUCAUCAUCCAGAGAACCAGACCACAACACAGGUCCAUCAUCCAGAGAACUCGACCACAACAAGAGUCCAUCACCCAGAGAACUCGACCACAACACACAUUCAUCAUCCAGAGAACCAGACCACAACACACAAUCAUCAUCCAGAGAACCAGACCACAACACAGGUCCAUCAUUCAGAGAACUCGCCCACAACACGGGUCCAGCCAGACUCCGAUUCUGACGCAGAGAUUGAAGUGGAAAAUUGUGAUGGAGCCCCUGGUUCACACUCUCAUAGUACUGGAGGAACUUGUAGCCCAGCAGAGGUUUGUGAUGUACGGCUGAAAUCGGUCGGGCCGUCAGAACUGGAGGUGCUCUGUCCGAAUCUGUACAGCGACCUGAACUGCAGAGAAACUCGAGAGAAAUUCCUGCAGGAGAUUCUCUGCCUGCGUCUCAAACAGGAGGAGAAACUCACCACCGCCCUGCAGGCCAAACGCAGCCUUCAGCAGGAGCUGGAGUUUAUCAGGGCCACUAAAAAGGGCAGAUUGCGGGAGGCCAUUGAAGCGAAGCGUAACCUGCGGAAUGAGAUGGAGAGACUGAGGGCGGAGUUUGAGAAAAAGAUUCGAGAUGCGAAUGAUUCCUGUGGGCGGCUGCAGCGGGAGCUGGAACGAGAGCGGCAGAUCAGAGCAUGCGGUAAAGGAUGUGAAUCUGGACUCCUGCGCACCAAAUACUCCACACAGAUUGAAGAUCUGCAGGUGAAGCUGCAGCAGGCGGAAGCUGAUCGGGAGGAGUUGAGGGAGGAGUUGGUGAAGGAACGUGAGGCGAGGCAGAGUCUGGAGAGAGCAGUGCAGCAACUACAGCAGCAACUCAACCACAACACACACUCCAAACACACACUCAGCCAGACAGAGCGAGAGGACAGAGACGCCGUGGACGCUUCUUAGAUAAAGCUGCAAAUAUUGUAGUUUAAAAAGACUUUCAGAUGAAUGAUAUGCCUCAAAUAAAAUGAUCAAAACAGAGUAAAAAACAAAAAAUGACAUUAUACCAAUAAAUACAGCAUAUGGAACAAGGAGCUUCAUUAAUAUCAACAUCAUGAAGAGUGAACUGUCAGCCUUAAAACCAAAUUUCUGACACCCAAACCAUGACACUCCGGAUGAAAAUCAUUGUCAGGGUAUAAUGAUACACCCUCAGUUUCUUAAGCUUAUCUGAGUAAUUGAAUUUUGUCAUAAGCUAUUUAACAUAUACUUGAAAAUAUACAGAAAACUAUUUAAGAGAUGACAGUAGCAGAUGGUUGACCUGCUAGUCCCUCAUGAUCUGUAAAAAAACUGCAAAAAGGUAUAAAAAAAGACUAACUAUACACAGGACAUGCAAAUUUUCAUUUUAUAUUAAAAUCUUCAUAAUAAUUACUUAUUGUCUUGUUUUAUUCAAGUAAUUAGCAUGAGAAGCAAUGCUAUCGUGUUUUCUUGGCAGGAUUUCAAUUUAAACAUGCAUACUAGUCCCCCCCCUAUUUCUUUUGUUUUUGCCUUUUGUCAUACAGAUAUUUUUCAGAUUACUAAACAAACUUUAAUAUCAGACAAAGAUAACCUGAGUAAAUAUAAAACAUACUUUUUAAAUGAUUAUUUUAUUUAUUAAAGAAAAAAACUAUCCAAACCAAUCUACCCUGUGUGAAAAAGUGUUUACCCCUAAAUCUAAUAACUUCCACUCUUCACUGAUAACUGGCAAUAAGUGUUUCACAUCUCUGUUGGGGAGUUUUGGUCCACUCUUCUUUACAGAUUUUUUUUAUGGGACACACACCUUCCAAAAAGGCCUUUUGUGUCGUCAGUUCAAAAAUUUACCCAGAGUUUCUGGAAAUCAUCAAGAUGUUAGUUGGUAGAUGUGAGACGGGUGGUUGUGUUGUUUUUGGUCAGCAGUGUUUUUUAUCUUGGAAUUCUCCCAUGGAGACCAUUUUUACCCAGUCUCUUUCUUAUUAUUGAAUCAUUAACACUGAUCUUAACUAAGGCGAGUGAGAUCUUGCAGUUCUUUAAAGGUGUUCUGGGUUCUUUUGGGACCUCCUGGAUGAGUUCUUCAUGCCCUUUUGGAGUAAUUUCGGUCGGCCGGUCACUCCUGGGAAGGUUCACCAGUGUUCUAUGUUUUCUCCAUUAGUGAAUUAUAGUGAAUUCUCUGUGGUUCUCUGAAGUCCUAA